UCUCCAAUACAAUACAGGCCCAACACAACACCACUUGGUUGCAAUCAUCAUCGGCAAUGGCGUGUUCUUGCGCCACGCACUACGGCGCCCUAGUGGCCGUCGUGGUCGCUUUCCUCGUCGCUUCCGGCGGCAGCGCCGGCGUAACGGCGGCGAGGUACGGCCCCGGGCAGUGCAGCCCGGUGGCGGCGCUCGUGAGCGAGCAUCUGUAUAACUCCCUGUUCCUGCACAAGGACGACCCGGCCUGCCCCGCCAAGGGGUUCUACACCUACGCCUCCUUCAUCAACGCCGCCCGGACGUUCCCCAAGUUCGCCGCCACCGGCGACCUCAGCACCCGCAAGCGCGAGCUCGCCGCCUUCUUCGCGCAGAUCUCGCACGAGACCACGGGCGGCUGGGCCACGGCGCCGGACGGCGAGUACUCGUGGGGCCUGUGCUUCAAGGAGGAGAUCAGCCCGGCGAGCGACUACUGCGACGCCACGGACGCGCAGUGGCCGUGCUACCCGGGCAGGUCCUACCACGGCCGGGGCCCCAUCCAGCUGUCGUGGAACUUCAACUACGGGCCGGCGGGGCGCGCGCUGGGCUUCGACGGCCUGCGCAACCCGGAGGUGGUGGCCAACUGCUCCGAGACGGCGUUCCGGACGGCGCUGUGGUUCUGGAUGACGCCGCGCCGCCCCAAGCCGUCGUGCCACGAGGUCAUGGUCGGGGAGUACCGCGCCUCGGCCGCCGAUCUCGCCGCCAACCGGACGCCGGGGUUCGGGCUCGUCACCAACAUCGUCAACGGCGGGCUCGAGUGCAACCGCACCGACGACGCCAGGGUGAACAACCGGAUAGGGUUCUACCGGAGGUACUGCCAGAUCUUCAACGUCGACGCCGGGCCAAACCUCGACUGCGCGCACCAGCAGCCGUACUAGCUGCGGUACACUGAUUAGCAAUAGCAUGGAUCGUGAUGAUGCUGAGACAACGCCUUUGAUCUCGUUUUAUUUAGUUGUUUAUGUAAUUGAUCAAGUAGAGAUAGCGUUUUGGAUGAAGUGACCACGUGUUCUUGUUCUCUGCUG